AUGAAGUCGAUCCUGCUCGUAGCAGGCAUGGCAGCCCUCACCACUGCGCAGCUUGCCGGUCUUCCCUCAUGUGCACUCCCCUGCAUAACCUCCGCCAUCGCCGCUGCAGGCUGCGGCCUCAGUGACAUCGCCUGCCAAUGCGGGCCGGCUAAGACCGUCAUUUACAACAACGCGACCCCCUGCCUCCUCGGUUCAUGCAAGCCCGCGGAUCUGGCGCAGGCACAGAGCGUCGGUGCGGCGUUGUGCUCGAGCUUCGGCGGCGGUCAGCUCUUCCUGCCGACGGCGACGACCACACCGACGGGUGAUGAGAUCUGGGCGACGACGCUGCCAUCGACGGGUGAUGAUAUCUUGGCUACGAGGAUGCCAUGGACGGGUGAUGAAGUCUUGGCGACGGCUACGGGCCACGCCAUCACCACUAUGAUGCCCAUUCCGUUGUCGAUUCUUACCGAGAGUUCGUCGUCCAUGGACAUGGACGGCAUGGGCGGCAUGAACAUGACCUCCGGUGGGACGCUGACAGCGACGCAUAUAGGCGUGACGCCGACGCUCACCAAGCCGGUCACGGGGUCUUUGACGGUUCCGACGGGGAAUGCUGCGGCGACGCCGGCGAUGGCUGGGGCGGGUGUGUUGGCUGGUCUGCUGGGCGUGGUUGCGGCUCUGUGA